CCUGGAGAACUGAGAGAAGAGAGAGAGAGAGAGAGAGAGAGCAGAGUUUGAGAUGGUUCUUGGCACAGCUCAGUAGACGGCACAAGUGGACCACACAAGCCAGAGGAUACCAGAGGAUACUUUACUGCUCCAGUGCCUUUUCUCUAGGAUUACCCUUAGUGUGGCUACUAAUAGCUCAAACCUGGGGACAACACAACAGCAGGUAGAGGAUGAGGUCCAAAAGCAGCGGGGUGGAGAGCCCGGCCAGUGGGGUGCUUGGUGUUCCACAGGGGGACCGUGACAUCAGCCAAGAGCAGGAAGUGGGUCUCCCUGUAAAGAGCCUGAUCACCAAGGUUCAGGAGAAGGAAGAGGUUGAGGUGAUCUCCGAUAAAGAGAAGCUGCUGUGUGAUUCUCCUGAGGCUGGAGAAAAAAGAGGGGAUAUCAUGGAUCUGUCCAAAGAGGAUCUGCUGAGGCUGCUGGGAAUUAUGGAAGGAGAGGUUCAGGCCAGAGAAGAUGUAAUCAGCAUGCUAAGAGCCAAACCAGCUGCUCCACAGGCCCUUGAAUCACGAUAUGGCUCUGCAGUUCCUGGUACAGCCCUGCAGGCCCUGCAGAGGGACAGCUCCAUCACAGGCACCGAACAGCUUAGCCAAAAUGUCUACCAAAAGCCUAUGGUGGAGCUGGAGCGUCUGCAGGAGAAGCACAAAGAGACAUACCGGAGGAUGCUGGGUCAGUUGCUGCUCGCUGAGAAGUGCCACCGGCGCACCGUUCAUGAGCUUGACACAGAAAAACGCAAACAUGUGGACUACAUGAACAAGAGCGACGACUUCACAAACCUGCUGGAGCAGGAGAGAGAAAGACUGAAAAGGCUGCUUGAGACUGAGAAGGCCUACCAGGUGAAAAAGGAGAAGGAGCACAACAAACGUCUGUCCAAGGUGCGAGAGGAGCUUGUCAAGCUGAAGUCCUUUGCCCUGAUGUUGGUCAACGAGCGGCAGCAGCACCUAGAACAAAUGGACCAACAAAGCCAGCGGAUCCAGGAAUUAAGCCAGCAGCUUCAGCAGCGGGAGCAGGCGUUGAGUGAAGCCAGGGAGCGCGCUCAGGAAGACGGCCACAGGGUGAUGAGCCUGGAGGCCGAACUGAAGGAGAAAUCUGCCAAGCUAACCCAACAGCACGAGGAAAUGAGCGCCAAGCUGGCCAGUCAGGAGAUUCACAACCGCCAACUCAACGCCAAACUUUUAGGGCUUACGCAUAAAGUGGAGGAACAAGAGGAAAGCAAUCGUGCUUUGAGGAAAUCUGAGGAGGAACUGCAAGAGCUGAGGGAGAAGAUCAGUAAAGGGGAGCUCGGCAACUUGAACCUAAUCGCUGAGUUGGAAAACUUGCGGAAACGAGUUCUGGAGAUGGAGGGAAAGGAUGAGGAGAUCAUCAAGACUGAAAAUCAGUGCAAGGAGCUGAGAAAGAGGCUACUAGAGGAGGAUAGUAAGAGCAAAGACCUCAGGCUGGAGGUGGAGACACUCCAGAACAGAAUGAUGGAGUUGGAGAAACUAGAGGCUGCUUUUAGCGUAAGUAAGGCUGAGUGUGCACAGUUGCACACCGCUCUGGAGAAAGAGAAGGGCCUCACCAAAGAGCUCUCAGAUGAAGUUGUCGCUCUCAGGAUCCGCAUGAAAGAGCUAGAAUCUUCUGAACUAAAGUUAGAGAAGUCUGAGCUGAGCCUUAAGGAUGACUUGAGUAAGCUGAAGACAUUGACUGUUGCUUUAAUGGAAGAAAGAAAGACUCUAAUCGAAAGAUCGAAGUUAGACGAGAAGAAAAAGGAGGAGAUGAGUCAGAUGAUUAAAACUGAGCAGGGUAAAGUUAUGGAGGUGACUGAGAAAUUAAUCGAGGAAAGCAAAAAAUUGUUGAAGUUUAAAUCAGAGAUGGAAACCAAAGUAGAAACUCUCACCAUUGAAAAGGAGGAACUAAGCAGCAAGCUUGCCUAUGAAAUGGACAAAACCACUGAUCUUUCUACUAAGGUCAGUCAAAUGAAGAAAAGGUUGGAUGGGUUCGAGCAAGCAGAGAAGCUGUCGGUAAAGAGCACUGUGACAUGCGAGCUGGGAAAAAUGUCUGAACCUGCUAAAAGAGAAGACAACAAAGUUAAGGAGCUGACAUUUGAAAUCGAGCGACUGAAAAACCGUCUCAAACAACUCGAAGUAGUCGAGGGAGAGUUGAAUAAAACAGAGGAUCAGUACGACAUGUUAGAAAAAAGGUUCAUGACUGAACAAGACAAAGCCAACAUCCUUUCCCAGCAGGUGGAAGAAAUGAGGACUCAGAUAGCACGGAACAAGGCGAUCGAGAAAGGAGAGGAGGAAAGCCAGGUGGAGGACCUCAGACAGCGGUGCAUGAGGGAGGAGGUCAAAACCAGAGAACUGCAAGCAGAUGUUGUUGCCCUCAAGGAGAAGAUCCACGAACUGAUGCAUAAAGAAGACCAACUCUCUCAGCUCCAAGUGGAUUACUCUAUCCUGCAACAGAGGUUCUUGGAAGAAGAGGAGAAAGCCAAGAACAUGGGAACUGAAGUUUUUCAUCUCACCAAAGAACUGGAGAUUGCAAAGCGCCAUAGUCGAGCCCUUAGGCCCAGUUUGAAUGGCAGAAGAAUGGUGGACAUUGCUGUUACGUCCACUGGAGUGCAGACAGAAGCAUCAACCACUGGUUCCCCAGAGGAGGAUACUCCAGCUGUAUUUAUCAGGAAGUCUGUCCAAGAGGAGAAUCACAUCAUGAACAACAUCAGACAGAAGUGCCUGAAGAAGCCAGCAGAAAAGAGUGGUGGUACUGAGCGCUUUCCUUCAUCCAGCAGUGACCUAGGCAUGAAGAAAUCCUGGAUACCCUGGAUGAGGAAGAAGGACAACACAGCUCAUGAGACCAGUUUGGAAAAACCUUUACAAAUCAAUGGAAAUCACUUACCUUCUGAACUAACCAUGUCCCCAAAGCAAGGGCAGCCUUUACACAUCCGAGUCACACCAGACCACCAACACAACAUGGCCCGCCUUGAGAUCAACAGCCCUACUACUGAGGAUGUUUUCUCCAGCUCAGCUCCCCUAAGCCCAAACCCAUCUCAGCCAAAAUCCAGAAUCACAAUCAUUCCCACUUACUCUGCUCCAACCAUUAAGAAAAAGGGCCCUGAAAGAGCCAAGUCUCCAGUUACUAUCACAACCAUAUCCAGAGCUAAAUCUCCAGAGAGCAGCCGAUCCAGCUCCUCUUCCUCUGGAAGGCCCUUGUCCCCUGUCUCCAUUAUGACAAUGAGCACUGCUAUGGUGCCUGAAGCAUCCGCCUCCCUAGAUCCCCAGGAGAUGACCAUGGGCCGAGCUGUUUUCAAGGUCACCCCGGAGAAGCAGAUGGUCCCAAUGCCAAUACGAAAGGGCCACAGCAAUGCCGGCAUUAUCACAACCACUGAUGAUAACAAGAUCCAUAUUCAUCUAGGCAACAGCAUCACACCAAAGAUGGUAGUCAGGCCGGUGGCUGCUGUAACAGAAAGCAAAGAAAUGACCUUAUCGACUGGCACUGUUCUACGUUCCCCUCGCCAAAUCACCACCACUACUACCAGAACUACACAGAGCAAAGUGAUGAGCACUAUCACAAUAUCCCCUGUAGCAAACAACACUUCAAGACCUGCACAGAACACAACUGGGCAUGAUGCCCAGCCAACGCGCUCAGGGCUGACCCGCAUCCCAAUGUCCAAGAGCCUGAAGACGGGGAAGGCUGUGCUGGGAACCCUGGGGAUCUCAAGUGGCGUGAAACUGGAGUCACGAGCUGAGAGUCAGUCUAUGAGGAUUGAGGUUAAAAAAUCCACUGUGAAUACUUUACACAAUGGUGGAAAAGCUUGAUUUCAUAUACUCAAACAUGCCUAAAAAUGGUGCUCAGAAGACACAUAUCCUACAACAAGGCAAAAUUGCAUUUUUGUAAUAAACGAGCCUUUAUUUUCUAACUUUUGUAAAGUCUUAUGAAUUUGUCUGUCUCAAAUCAAUAUCUGCUAAAUAGGUGGAAACAUACUCUCUUUAUUGCGUGUGUUGUAAUGGGCAUUUGAGUUAAAUAUUAUACCAGACCUUGCUGCUACUAACUGCUUCUUGCUUUGAGUGGUUGUCUCAUUUAUAAAAAGUGUUUUGUUAAUGUUUUAUAAGGACAGAUUAUGAUUGAAAAAUCUUUCUUUCAUGUAAAUUAUGCUGUUUUGUGUAAAAAGGUUUGUACAAAAAGAUUUUAAAAUAAAUGUGAUUUCAAAGCCAAUUAUUACAUUUUUUUUUAUUAUGACAGAAGAUAAUAAACAGAAGUAUGCAGCAGAUAUAGCAAGAGUAUUGUUGUCAACUUCACAAGUAGGCCAGAUAGUUUACACAUGAAUUUCUCAGCUAUGUAAUAACACUUAUCCACCCAUUUACAACCUUCAGUUUGCACUGAAUUGCUGGAUAAGCUGUUAUGUUAGAUUUUGCAUCUUACAUGAUCAUCAUGUAAGACUGGGGCCAGUUAUAACAAGUUUAAUAAUCCAAGUUCUUUAAAAUGAUUUUAAUAAUACAUUAAAAUCAGCAGUUGUAAGCCAAAGAGUGCAAAACACCUUAAAAUGUGCAAAAAUUG